ACGGGCAGUCACACAUCGGGCAACACAGAAGACAGGAAAAGUACUGAGAGGAUUCGCAAGAGCAGAGACGGAAAAAAAAACAAAGAUUAUAUAUAUAUAUAUAUAUAUUUAAGACAGGUCCACGGCUUAAGCAAAAAAAGCACGAACCAUGAAAUUGGUUUUAGGCGGAGCGCUGUGCAUCGUCCUGUGUGCAGCGAGUUUCACGCGGGGCACCGCCAGCCACCUCGCCGACAAGAAGAGCCCCUCGGCCAAGGACAGAAGGAUGCAAUUCGCCUCCUGGGACGAGGUGAACCUCAUCGCCCACGGCCUCCUGCAGCUCGGCCACGGCCUCAAGCAGCACGUGGACCGGACCAAGGAGCAGAUGACCAGCGUCCUGGAGCAGCUGAACGCUCACAACAGCACGCUGCGGGAGCUGGCCGGACGGGUCAGUGAGCCUGGGCAGGGGCUGGAGGGGCGGUGGGACAGCCACCUGCUGCAGGUGUCGGCCGGCCUGCGAGAGAAAGUGGACGAGAUGGCCCGGGACAGGCUGAGGAUGGAUAAAGUGCUGCAGAGCUUGGAAGAGAAGGUGGGCAGGUUUGAGAACUGGAAGAGAGCCGAAACCGACCUGAACAACUAUAACAAUAUUCGAUCCGUUAUGGAAAACCAGAGUAAAAACAUCGAUGAACUGCUGACGAGAAUUAAAGACCAGCAGUGGCAGCUUGACAAGCAGAAUGUCCAGAUCAAGGCGCUGCAGAACAAGCUUCAAGAAAGCAGACUGCAUCUCAAAGACAGUCCAAACUGGAAGCUGAUUCUCAAGCGAAGAAUGGAGAUGUACCCGCACACCCGCACCAGUGUAGAACCCACACCAGUUGACAAACUUCCCUUUGACUGUCACCAACUGUUCCUUGAAGGACGGCGGAGCACUAGUGUGUACAGAAUACAGCCAGUAGGCUCACAGCCCUUUGAAGUAUUCUGUCGAAUGACUGCUGAAGGUGGCUGGACUGUGAUUCAGAGACGGAUGGAUGGGUCGGUUGACUUUGAUCGACUGUGGCAGGCAUACAGGGACGGAUUUGGCAACCUUACUGGUGAAUUCUGGUUGGGUUUGGAGAAACUUUACACCAUCACGCGGCAGGGGAGCUAUCUCCUGCGCAUUGAACUGGAGGAUUGGGAACAUCACACAGAGUACACAGAAUAUCCCUUUAGCCUUGGCAGCGAGGCCACUGACUACACAAUGACCCUCAAAAGCCCCAUCUCCGGAAACCUCAAGAACGCUAUCAGUGAAUCAAGUGGCCUGCCCUUCUCCACCCGAGACCAGGACCACGAUCUGAAGUUCAACAUGAGCUGUGCCAAACACCUUACAGGGGGAUGGUGGUUCAGCACUUGUGGACAGGCCAAUCUGAACGGCAAGUAUUUCUCCAGCAAACCCCAGCAGCGACGCGAGAGGAAACAGGGGAUAUUCUGGAAACCCUGGAAAGGUAGAAAUUACCCCCUGAAAACCACGACAAUGAUGAUUCGUCCAAUGGAACUGGAAGCAUAAAAUCGACAUCCUAAAACUCUUGCAGAGACUGACUAUGUGCACACAUUUAUGUGUGAGAGAGAGAGAGAGAGGGAGAGAGAUUUAGAGCAGCAAAGUUGGCUGUUCACAAUUGGAAUGAAAGUCAGUGACGUGUUGCAACGUGGCUUGUCGCCGAAUAUGUAUGUCUAUGUUUAAGCAACAAAGCAAUGCAGCAAGUUUCCCAGGAUUAAUGGCUGAGCUAUGCAAGUAUUCCUAAAGCAUACAUGCCACUCAAAGCAGCUGUUAGUGUUCCGUUGUUUUAGUUCAAAACAGAUACAGAAUAGUAAAAUAAUUUCCGUUAACUAACUGCCUUUGGACUUCUCCCAUCCUGGCCUGAGCCCGGUGUUUGAUCUUGUCCGUUCACACAGAGCAGGAAGAUCCCUGGCAUAAUUGCCAUCUGAACUGCAGCAGCAGCCUGUACUUUAGCAGGCUGUUAUGCCAGUCCCCAAUAGGAUUAGUACAGGGCUUCCAGCUCAUUUGAACAUUAUUGGCUUUGAUCGCCCACAACAAGCACAUUUCUGAUCUUUUGCCAGUACUUCUAUAAAUAUUACUCUCCAACAUCAUCAAAUAGGUGUAAUGUUUAAUGUGGAAUUUGUAAAAUAAAUUCAAGGGCGAUUUUUUUUUUCUCUCUGGCGAAAGCCCAAAGUGAAAGGUGGAUCCAGUGCCUUGAGUGCCCCAACAUCCUACUUACACCAGCAUGACUGUUACACCUUAGCGCAAUUCCUCCCCAUAGGGAUGUUUCCAAGUCAUAUUGACUUUAUCACCAUGGCUGAGAAUAGCUGUGGAGAAGUGAGUGUGAAUUGUUUCUUUGCUUUUAUAUAUUUAAACAUUUAAUAUUCCAAACCUGCCUUUUGUAAUUUAUAAAUGCUCAGCUUUUCCCAGGAGGGAGUGCGAGUCAAUCUCUGUUGUCUGCUGUAUAUAACCUUUAAAAGCUGUUAUUUUAAUAUCAAA